UCAAUAAAGUUUGCGGGUGCACAGAGUUUACAAUGAGUUCAAAACAGAUGAAGAAGAAAGAGUCUGCAAACCGCUUGAACUCGGCUCAAGGAGGAUCACCUACUAAAGAGUUAACAUCGUCUAUGAACCACACCAGUCCUUUGAAUGCUUCGUUUGAACAAAAAGGAAAAUUUACAAUGUGGCCUGAAUGGAGUGAUGCUGAUAUUAAUUCUGAAAAAUGGGAUUCAGGAAAAGUUUUAAAAGAUAAAGACAAAAGUGGGAAAAGUGCAGCGUUACAUUAUUUUGAUGAUCCUGAAGGAAAGAUUGAUCUCCCAUCUAAUUUAAAGAUUAGUUCAUGGAAACGUCCACAUGAAUUCAUCACAAGUGCGCUCCCUGUGGUUAUUAAAGAUGAGAACUCAUUUGACUUGAUGUCCAGAAAUGAACACUUAUUUGGAAGUGAGCUAAUGAGAUGGAUUAUUAGUGAAAUUAGUGCUGUGUGGAGAAUAUACAAUACAAAUCUCACACCUAAUAAACUCACAGCGGUGGAGCCAUCUGUGCUGGUAUGGAAGCCUUGGGAGCACAUUUAUGCCCUUUGUAAAGUGACAAAAGGACAUAUGCCUCUCUAUAACAGCUAUGGGAAAUAUGUUGUGAAGCUGUACUGGAUGGGAUGUUGGCGCAAGAUUAUCGUUGAUGAUGCCAUUCCAUUCAAUGAAGAAAACCUGUUAUUACUCCCGGUGACAACAUGUGAAACUGAACUCUGGCCACUGUUGCUAUCAAAAGCUAUCAUUAAGAUUGCAAAUGCUGACACCAAAGGAUUUGCAAAAAGAGAGUUAGGAGAAUUUACGGUCAUUCAUGCUCUUACUGGAUGGUUACCUGAAGUUCUACCACUUGAAAAUUAUUAUAUAAAUAAAGUCUGGGAUUUCUUGAAAGCUACUGUUCCCGAGUUUAAACACCCUGACGAUGAGCAACCGGAGCCUAAAGAUCUUAGUCCUGAACAAAACUCAAAGGAAAUCAAGAAAGCUGAAUUUGGAACUGAAAUACCUGUUCCAGUGAUUCUUAAAUCAUCGGAAAAGACAAGUAAAGAAGCAAAAGAAACUGGGAAAAAGAAAGCUGACAAAGAAAAAAUCAGAUCUGCUCCACAUUCCGCACGGCCUCCUUCAGAUUUACCUGUGUCUUCGCAACCUCUGCUUCGAGAAAGUAAGUUCACUUCGUCCUUGUCUCAGAAUCCCCAGAUGAUUGUGUAUGCAAGCUACUUACCUCUUCAUUUGAAUGAAAAGAAAAUCACUGUUCUAGGGCAGAUGGCAGAUUCAUCAGAAAAACUAAGACAAUAUGGGCUGCCCCAUAUCCUUAGCCACCCUGUGCUUGUUACUAGAACAAGAUCCUGCCCACUUGUUGCUCCACCAAAACCCAUACCAAUACCACGAUGGAAACUAAUUAGACCGCAAAGAGCAGUUAAUAUUACAGAUGAACCGAAAGAACCUGUACAGAAAAAACCUGAUCAGUUUGUUGAAAUUACAACUCCAUUUCUUAAUUUUCAACUGGAUCCAACUGAUAUUUCGACUGAAAAAAACUUUAUUUCUACUUCUUUCAAAAGGCUUUCCCAUAUGGCCUCUCAUCUCAAAUCUGUCAGCGAAGAUGAAGAAAAUAUUCAGGAAAGUGAUGUAGAUUUGAAAGAAAUACGCAGAGUAAGCGCCACAGAAAGUGCAAUGGUAAUAAAUGAAACAUUUUAUCUUAAUUACCACAAAAAAAAAACACAACACGGUGGUGAAAAUGUUCCUCAGGACACUCUUGCAACAGAUGUCACUAGCCAGCCAUGUCCUUUAGAGAAUCCUCCAGAAGAAAAAAGUUUGGAAACAAACCCUGUGUCUAAAGAUAUAUGGAUGGAUUUUUCAGAUUUCUGCAAGUGUUUUCAGACAUUGUAUGUUUUCCACAAGCCAAAAACAUAUCCAUAUACAUACCAGAAAUCCAAUUUUAAGCCCUCAACAAAUGGAGAAUUGUAUUACUUAUGUGUGGACAAUUUGAAGUCAACAGAAAUUUUGGUUAGCUUUUCGGCAUUAGUUCGUUGGGGAGAAACUGCUUCUGAAAAUGAGUCUGCAUCACAGAGUGGCCUUUUAUUUGCUGAGAAGUUUUCUUGGAAAAGUAUAAGUACUGGACAUUUUGUUUUAAGAAUAAGUACAGAUCUAACCAAAGCUGCUAUGAUCCGCCUUCCGCCUGGGCGUCAUUUGUUACGUUUUACUGCUACUUCACCCUUAGGGUACCAUAUCCACCUGUGUAGUACAGUACCGUUUGUAUUUGGUGAUGAAGAAACUGUUAUGCCACAUCUUGAAAAGGAGAGCUAUCGCUUUGUUGAGCAAGCUUCACGUAUUGUAAGAGCAAUUUUAAAUGUUAUGAUUCAUUUUAACAAUAAAGAGGAACUACCAAAAGCAGUUAAAGAGUUGGAUUUAACCGUGUGUUCCGAAGGAACAAAACUACGUCUUGGAAAAGCUAAAGAACAUUAUGAGAUUUUUAACAAAGCCCUAUGGCAUCUUAUAACAGAAGUUAUGGGAAACAAAGUUACCCUUGACUUGGUUUUAGCUUAUAGAGCUUUCACAUUGGAUUUCUCUUCACUUACAUCAACCCAAACUUCUCUUCCAACAGACCCCAAACAUGAAGUCCCUAUUACAUGGCAAAACAGGUCUGCCACCAGUCUCGAAGAAGCUGCUGCUGUUAAAUUACAAGCUUGCUUGAAAGGGAGUUAUGUGCGAAAACUAUGGCAUUCUAGGAAACCAGAUAACAGAGAAAACACUAUUAUUAGAAUGACAUUGGACAAAUUAGUGAAUCUACUUGAACCUAAUGCUGAGCAAUUUGGUGCAUCCUUGUUGAGAUACCUUAUUAAACACAGUCCUGCUUCACGUGAAUUGUACGCUUGCUGUAACGAUGAACCAUACAGGAUUUCAUAUAUGGACUAUACAGUUUCUUAUCCCGAACAGCCUCCAAAUACAUGGUUUGUGGUUUUCAGGGAAGUAUUUCAUAUGCCUGAAGACAUGAUUCUGACACCUGUGAUAUUUUCUACUAUUUCUCUCUGUAACCUUUAUGUCAUCAAUAAUGAUACAUUAAAAGAAAUUCCCUGGGUGUUUACUAAAGUUCCACCUUAUGUGUAUACUAAAAAUAUAAAAGGCUAUACCUUUAUGGCACAAGCAUAUACAGGUGAAACUCAUCUGGUUCCUGGGAAGUUUAAACUGCGACUUAUUGGUGACCAUAAACCUCUUCCAUCUAUCUCACGUGAGAAUCCAAACAACUCCUUUGCGGCAAAAGAAACUAAAGGGUUCUAUAUCCCUAAUGGUGACAACGUCAUAUUUAGGUACACAGUGAAAGCAGCAAUAGAUCACAUGGCAACAGUGCAAGUACAGACAUCUAAGCCAGAUGUAUUGAUUAAGGUACAGAUAAUGGACAAUGGAGAAGAACUUCUAAGUGUUACAGGCAAAGGACGUGCUUUGAUCCCUGGAUUUUGUUUCUUCACCAAUGAAAGGCCCUUAAGUUCCUCUUCAAGCAGAAGCCAGUUAUUAUUAAAUGGAUCAAAGAAAGGUAGAAUCACUUCUGGUGGGAGUCUGAAAAACAACAAAACAUCCUCAAGACCUGAAAGUAAAUUAGAUGUACACUGUGCAGAGACUGAAAGCCUAGAGGAAAAAAUACAGCAUCAGGUGAGUGAUAACGUUAUAUUGCACAAAUACAUAAUUCAAGCUACUGUACUGAAUGAUAGUUGGAAGCUUACAGAGAGCCAGGCUGCCUUUGUUGAAAGUCUAAGGGAGUCCGAGAAGCAAGAAAGUCAAGAAAAGCAAGAAGGCAUUGUUGCAGAUAUUAACAAUGGUGAUGAUGCCAAGUCAAUAAAUACUCCAAAGACAGCCAGAAAAGGGAAAGAAGGGAAAGAAAAAACAGUUGAAAAGUCUGGCAAAGACAAAGUUUCAUCAGCCCCUAAUUCAAGGCCUGCAUCCCAGGAUCAGGCAAACCACAGUGAUCCUAGCAAACCAUUGUGGUUUCUGCAGCUGACAAGUGAAACAAGUGAGGCUGGCACAUUAGAGGUGAAGAAAGACACAGCGCGCAUAGAUGAGAUCAAAUCUAUGAAACAAGCAUGGGAGUUGGCAGAUCCAGGUCGAGCUGUCAAGGCUUUACAGUCACGUUUGCAGUAUAUCAACAAGAACAUGCAAAAAGUAUUAUCUCCACCAGCAUCAGAAACCGAUGAUCCUCAAGGUGACCCGAUUGCUAAUGGAGAAAGGACUGAAAACAUUUUUCAACCAGCUACUAUUACAACAUCUAACAUAAAUCUGCUGUUUUCACAAAGAGAAUUAGAACCUAUGGACUUGACUCCUCUGAUAAGGAGAAAUAGUUCUGAAACAGCUGUAAGAGAUGAAGCUUUUAUCCAGCAGCAAGCAGUAAGAAAAGCUGAAGAAAUUAAAGAGUGGCAGGCACUAAGGGAGCAGAUACUAGCACUAAGGGAGCAGGCACAAGUUGAGCGGAAUUUUCUAAAGAAUGAGUUUUUACAAAAGUAUGAAGAUUUACAGCUAUCAUUAGAUAAUGCUCGUGAAGAGAUCUUCAGAAUCCGAGAGGCCUACAGAAGUCAACUCCUAGAAUCUGACAGACAAAAACAAGAAGCCCUUCUAGCUGAAGAAGCUGCUCUCAAAGCUGUGCAGGAGAAAGUCACUCCAUCUGGGCAAAAAAGGAAAAGCGCAAAAGGAUCAAAAAAAUGAAAAAUUCUGUUUCACACAUUCGUUAGAUAUUAUCAUUUGUUUUUAUUUCCUCAAGCUUCUUGAUGUACAGAGAAAUAUAUAUAUGUUGCAUGUGGGAGGAAUUUUCCUUAAUGUAGAUAUGAAAAUUAUUCCGUUUGCUAAAAAAAAAAAUAUUUGAAAUAAAAUGUGCAAUCAUUUAUGAAGUGGUAAUUACUUUUUUUUAAUAAUCAUGUUCUUAAUAAAGAAAAAAAUACUAAAUUAA